AAGAAUUACUACUAUUAUCCAUCCGUGUGCAACCGUUAAGAGGCUCCUAGUCGAUUGUAACGUCGUUAAGCCCAACGGGUCAUAAACUCACGAGUAUUAAGUAUCACCUUAAGUGUGACAUCAACGGAUCAUUUUUUGUCUGAGCUGAGAAGUCUGUCUGAAAAAGCCAAAAAAUCUGCGUUGAACCCGUAAAAAAAUGGAAGCCAAACAAUUGGUGUGACAGUUAGAUAUACGCUUCUGUAUCGUCACCAUUUUCUUUGGUUCUUGCUUUUGUCUCUGGUAAGGAUCCCCUGUAUCAAUUUGUAAAACCCUUAAGGUUCUUUUAAGAGACUAUAUGAUUUUCUUGUUAUGUAAUUCAAGUCUUCAAAUCCUUAACCUUUUUAUAAGGUAACAUUUUGAAUACUUUGAAUAUCUGGGGUUUGAUUCUUUUGUCUUCUUGAUUCAUCAAUAACAUCAAACUUUAGAUUUUGGGUUGUGGUUUUUUUUGUUUUUCUGAUUCUUGUACAGUUUGUUAUUGUUUAUUGGAUGAAAUGUAAAGGAAAGUUGAAUAUUGAGUCAGGUUUAAUAUCCUGAUUGGUGAAAUUUAGGGUGUUUUAGGAUUUGGGUUGGGAUUGUUUUUAGGGUUAAGUAAUGUCAUCAGCUGGUAUUGUUGCAAUUCGAAACCGUGAGGACUUUCGAGUUGUAUCACCUGUACUAAGCUCUGAAUUGGACGAUUCCAUCCACAUUUACGUGGCUAUGUCGGGUUCAUUGGUUCCUAUGAGGGUUCUGAAAUCGGAAUCGGUUGAAUCUGUGAAGCUUAAGAUUAAGUCCUCUAAAGGGUUUGGUGCCAAGGUUGAAAGGUUGAUUUGCAAAGGAAGAGAACUGGCGAGGGGAUAUUCGUUGCUCCGUGAUUACGGGAUCGAGAAUGGAAAUGUGCUCCAUUUGGUGAUUCGUCUUGCUGAGCUUCAAGUGAUCAGUGUUAAGACUUCUUGUGGUGAAGAGUUUACUUUGCUAGUCAAGCGGAAACGUAAUGUUGCUUAUGUGAAGCGUCGGAUUGCUAAAAAGAAUAAGAAAUUCGCUAAUGUCGAUGAGCAACAAGUAUUUUUCAAUGGAGAGCAGCUUGAUGAUCAGAGGUUCAUAAAUGAUAUCUCUAAGCAUAAUGAAGCAGUGAUUCAUUUGUUUGUCCGGAGAUCUGCAGAAAUCAGAACAACACCCCGGGACAAGAAUUUUGAGCUUUCUAUUGCAGCACCACAGUUGCAUGAAACAAAAAACUUUGACAAGGAAGUUCGCCAGAAGACUGCAGAGAGAGAUGUCUUGUUGGAACCAAUAGUUAUUAACCCAAAGGUUGAGUUGUCUUCUGCAAUUCAGGAUAUGAUUAAAUCUACAGCUGAAGGAUUGGAUAGCGGCAAAUGUCCUGUAAAAUCUUCAGAGGGUACAGGGGGAACAUACUUCAUGCAGAAUUCAACAGGGAGCAAGUAUCUCUCUGUUUUUAAGCCAAUUGAUGAGGAGCCUAUGGCUAUGAAUAACCCACAGGGUUUGCCAUUAUCUGAGAAUGGUGAAGGGUUAAAGAAAGGCACAAGUGUUGGGGAGGGUGCAGUUAGGGAAGUAGCUGCCUAUGUUUUGGAUCAUCCCAAGUCUGGUCUACGCUCCUUAUUUGGUGAGAAGAAUGGUUUUGCCGGUGUGCCUCCUACAGUUAUGGCCAAAUGUCGGCACAUGGGAUUUAAUCAUCGGGAGAACGUGAUAAAAAAGAUAGGGUCCUUGCAGAUGUUCAUGGAUAACAAUGGAAGUUGCGAGGACAUGGGACCAAGUUCAUUCCCAGUGGAGGAGGUACAUAAAAUAUCAGUACUGGAUAUAAGAAUGGCGAAUGCGGAUAGGCAUGCUGGCAACAUAUUGCUGACCAAGGAUGAGGAGGGAAAGACUAUUUUGAUUCCAAUAGAUCAUGGCUACUGUCUGCCCAAAAGCUUUGAAGAUUGCACAUUCGACUGGCUCUACUGGCCUCAAACUCGUAAGCCUUACAGUCCUGACACCGUAGAGUACAUCAAGUCACUGGAUGCAGAAGAAGACAUUGCGUUACUCAAGUUUCAUGGAUGGGAUCUACCUGUAGAAUAUGCUCGUACCCUCCGCAUCUCAACUAUGCUUUUAAAGAAAGGUGUGGAGAGAGGUCUCACGCCCUUUGACAUCGGAUCCAUCAUGUGCCGGGAAACCUUGAACAAGGAAUCUAUAAUCGAAGAGAUUGUCCAGGAAGCUGAGGAUUCAGUUCUUCCUUUCACGAGUGAAGCUACAUUCCUUGAAUCAGUCUCCCAGAUCAUGGAUCGCCGCCUUGAUGAGAUGACCAAAUAAAGGUCCAGAAAGAGCAGAUGGUAUAUAUGUGUGCAUAAGUCAAGUGUCUAAACAUGUCAUCCAUAUGUUUCAGUUAACCGAUUAUUUAUCUUUCAAAUAUGUCUCGUGUUUAGAAACUCAUUUCAGCAAUUAACUGGAACACAAAUAACUCAUCCUCAUCUUUUCUUUCACUUUGGGAUUUGAUUAUAAUAAUUAUCAAGCUCUGUUGUUGCCCUGGUAGUAUAGUACUAGUACAGUUGGAUAAACCUUUUCUUGUAUGUCCUCGUCUUGAUAAAAGAUCUGAGUUAGUAAUGGUUUUUUGUUUUUGUGGAAUUAAUGUUACUUAUUCUUUAUGA